AUGGCGACCUCCGACAAUGGGCCUCCUGCUGAGUCCGCUGUACAGGCUCUGCUCACCGCCGCAAGCCAACAGUCCAAGACCAGCGGCAUUCCCGCUCACCUUCACCAGCUAGCUGCGACUGUGCUCUACAACCUUCAAUAUCAACACGAAUGGACUGAACUCGCAAUCCAAACAACGUCGACCAUUACAGGCUCCACUCUUCCCAGGCCUCUCGUAUACGGGAUACCUCCAGCUCGGGCCUACGUGCACCCCGAUGAACAAGCCGAGAUCCUGAAAGCUGAGCACAAGACCGGGCAGUCGAUUCCUCCUAGUCCGGAGCCGGAAUGGGUCCUCCCAACACACAUCAACGAGAAGUGGAGCUUAAAGAAGUUUGCGGAGGUUUUUGACGCUAUAGAGACUGUGCCACCCGGAAGCACAGACACACUGGAGCAGGACGAGGACGAGGUUGGAGCAGGCUGGCGGGGCAAGAAUAGGCAGAAGAGACUGCUGCUGGCCACUCUGCACGAUGACAGCACAGUCGUCUACUACAUUGUGCACGAUGGGAUCGUCAAGCCACGGCAAAAUUGA